AUGUAUGCUCGCAAAGUGUUCGAUGAAAUGCAUGAAAGAAGCCCUUUCUCGUGGACCACCAUGAUUGCAGGCUAUGCGAAAGCUGGCCAUGCUCAGGAGGCUCUCAAUGUGUUUGUUGAGAUGAGAGAGAGAGGUGUGAAGCCGUCAAAUGAUACAAUGGUUAGCGUGCUUUCAGCUUGUGCUAAGCUUUCAAUGGAGGACUCUGAGAAGUGGAGGUUGGUAUUCUCUCGAAAGCUUUGUGAGGGCGAUGUUUCUCGUACUGCCCUUGUGUAUUUGUAUGCGAAGAACGGGGAAAUCGUCAAGGCAUGGAAGGUUUUUGAUGGAAUACUCGAGAGUGAACGAAGUGUGGUGGCUUGGAACACGAUGAUCAAUGGGUUCGUGCAUUCUGGCCUUGCAGAUGAGGCCUUGGCCCUUUUCGAUCGAAUGAGGGCCAUAGGGCAAAUACCCAACCAUCUCACCAUGGUUAGUGUGCUAUCAGCCUGUGCUAGAGUGCGAGCUCUGGAGCUAGGUGAGAGCAUAACAGAUUAUGUAACUCGAAUCAUAUCUCGAGAGAUAUUUCAAACUAAUGCGAUUCUCGCAACUGCCCUCAUAGACAUGUAUGCGAAAUGUGGCCAAAUCGACAGGGCUCGAUCGACUUUCGAGGCGUUGAGGAAUAAAGAUGUUGUUUCUUGGAAUGCAAUGACCAUGGGGCUAGCCCUCCAUGGACAAGCCAAUGAGGCUUUGAUGCUCUUCUCUAAGAUGGAAACACUAGGGUUGAGGCCCAAUGCUAUGACCUUCUUGGCGACAUUGUGUGCUUGUGCUCAUUCAGGGCUUGUGGAGAGAGGGUGUCAAUUUUUUGAGGCGAUGAGCCGUAAUUACAGAAUCACCCCUGGGGUCGAGCACUACUCUUGCUUGGUCGACCUCUUGGGCCGAAACGGACGGCUUGAUGAGGCUCGGGAAGUUAUUCGAUCGAUGCCUAUAGAGCCCAAUGCCCUUGUCUGGGGGGCCUUGCUUGGGGCUUGCAUUGUUCAUUCAAGGGCAGAUUUGAUUGAAGAUUGUCAUAGAAACCUAAUUGAGUUAGACCCCAAAAAGCCUGCAAAUUAUGUGUUGUUAUCUAACUUUUAUGCUUUUGAUGGGCGUUGGGAUGAUAUUGCUAAUGUGAGGGUGUUGAUGAAGGAAUCAGGAGUGAGAAAGGAGCCUGGGUGUAGUUGGAUUGAGAGAGGUGGCAUUGUUCAAAAAUUUAUUCAUGACUCUACAAAAUUGCAUUAUCGACAAGUUCUUUGA